AUGCUCUCAUAAAAGUCUUGCCGCAUCGUUUAAUGUAUGAGCCAACACUUAGAGUGUGUGACUAUCACCACUCUCUCCAAGCAGUGACUUCUCAUAAACUUUCCAUUCGCUUUCUGCAUUUCGACUCUUGUAUCACAAGGUGACUGGCUUUGAAAAUCACUUAAAAGAACAUGGCUCCAGGAGACGUUUGUCCGACUGAGGAUGCAAUUAAUGUAUUCAUAGAGCUCUUGGUUGACCCAUUGCUGCCAGCAAAAUCAUGUGUCCAGGAUACUCCCACACUAUCUCAACAGAAGUUAGUUGCAAAACAGGUGCGUUCAGUUGUCUUACUGUACAACUACUACCACAGGAAACGACAUCCAGAGCUAGCAUAUCUGCCAUUUAAUGAAUUUUGCAAGGUGGCUGUGGUUUCGAGGCCAGCUUUAUUAGCAUAUAUGCAAUUCAUGCAAAAUUUAAAUGAAGUAGAGCUCACUGAUGUGGAGACGCAGCUAUCCUUGACAGAAAAAAUAAUUAUGGAUGCAUGUGAUGUAUGUAAAUGUUUAGAUGCAUCAAAGAAUGUUCCUAAUAUACAGGGAUGGCCCAUUACAAAAGUUGCUAUAUUUUUAGUUGAUAGUAAGAAGGAGAACUGUUUUUUGCUGUUUAGUUCCAUUACCAGUGGGGUAUGGUCUCUAGUUGAAAAAGAUCUGGACACCUCCAGUCAAAGUUCUCUGGUUGAAAAAGGUCCGGAAACCUCCAGUCAAAGUUCUGAUGUUACAUCAGGAACAAAACAGUACAAAAAGAAAAGAGUCAUUAGAAAGCCUAUCAAAGAUGAAUCAAAAGUUGAUGAAGAUAUAUUUCUGCAAGUUGGGUAUUCUGCUAUAAGGGAAGCCACAGGUAUCAAUGACACUGAUAUUAAGGUUUUGGAAAGUGACACUGUCUAUUCUGAGAGCAAAGAGAAGGCAGCAUCUCGCUUUUAUAUAAUGCAGUGCUCCCAAUCGACCAAUGAAGAAGCUAUUCAAGUUCCUCUCAAAGAUCUAGUUAAAAGCUUGCAUGGUCCUUUGAUCAGUAAGAGUUCUAGAAGUUGGGCGAUCACUCCAGUAGUUGAUUACUUCCAUGUGCUUCCUUACUCUGAAAUAAUCUCAAAGUGGAUUUUAAGAGUAGCAUUCUCAAAUAGUUUGCUAGAUUCAAGGGUAACAGAGAAAAAUAUAAAGGUGGGCACCCCUGAAGUAACAGAAUUAUAUGUAAAUAAGGAGACAUUUACUGCUGUUGAUAAUAAACCAAAUGGUGAUAAUAUUGAUUCACUGAAGCAGAAAGAGAACAAUGGAAGUUGUACACCUGCAUUAUCUGAUUCUAUCAGUGAGCCCAUGGAAAUAAUUGUGAAUGGAUAUCCAAUUUUCAAAUCCCAGUACAAAGAAAAAUGCAAGAAUAUUAUUGCCAAUACUGUACAAGUUGGUGAAGAUCAAGAAAAAAACAAUCUAACUGUGAAGUAUAACUCUAAUGGCUCUGCAAGUGGUGUUAAGGCCAUAGAGGUUGAUUCAGCAAGGAUGAUUGCUGAAGGUGGAAUCAACAAUCUUGAUUCCAAUAGGCCUAAUACCUCAUCUGAAAAAGGCACACUUGAUGACAGUACACAGACUACAAAUCAUUCUGACUCAGAUCCAGUGAAGCUCCAAAUUCUUUCAGAUUCGAAAAAUAUAUUGUCUCAAACUGCCCUAGCUUCUUUGCUACGAAAGAGGAAUGAAUUGGCCCUUCAGCAGCGCAAGAUAGAGGAUGAGAUAGCUGUUUGCGAUAGAAAAAUUCAUACAAUGGUAACGGAUGGGGAAGAUGACUUUAAAUUAAUGAUUGAAUCAAUUAUAGAAGGCUGCAAUGAUACAUGGAUAAGGAAUCAAGAAAGGACAUGUGAACAACAAAGCUUACCUCUUAAGAGAAAAAAAUUGUCAGAGGCUGUCAUUACCAUGCAAAGUCCAUGCCAGGAACUAGACGAUGUAUGUCGCGCAAACAAUUGGGUCCUACCAACUUAUCAUCUAUCACAUUCAGAUGGUGGAUUUAAAGCCAAUGUAACCGUUAAAGGAGUGGACUUUCAGUGUUCAUUUGAGGGUAACAUGGGUUCAAAUCCUCUUGAAGCUAGAGAAUCAGCUGCAGCUGAGAUGUUGACUAACUUAAGAAGUAUGGCUAAAUUAGCUCAGUGAUGUUGGAAGUUUAGAAAUGGCAUGCUUCCCUUGUGGUUUUUUCUUUUCUAAUAUAGAAUAACAAUAUAAAGAAAACUUCAAUGUUCUUAUGGUUAUAUUAUGGUCCCAAUGAUGGGAUUGAUGACAAUUCUCCCCACUUGUUUGAUCAUUAUGCAGUAUUGUUCCUCAAGUACUUAGGCUUGAUUAUAAUUUUCCUUACUUGAGGAUGUUUAAAAGAGGUUAAUGGUUAUAUACUGAGUAGAAAAAUGUUUUAUAUUUUCAACUAAUCACAAAUCACGAUUUUAUGACUAUA